UAUACAUCCAUAUAUCAUUCGCGCAUCAUAAUAGCCCUAAUUGACAACAUGUGUUUUACUUUGGCUGAGAAGUAAAAUACUAAAAUUGUACAUUUUACAUUUCUAUUACAAGCGGCUGCAAAACCCUCUGUAAUCAACAAACCUCCGAAUUCACGAAUCUUUUUCCUUCAUCAAUCACCCUUUUCGUCAAGAUCUGGCUACGCUUCUCGUUCUCUGUGCAGAAUCAUGAGAAAUUGAACAUCUUUCUUCACUAUUCUUCUUUUGAGUGAGCGUUCAAAACAUUAAAAAAGAAUCUGUGUAUCUUCAGGCAUGGCGGAUUACUCAAAGGAAGACCUUUUACAGCUUUUCAAGAGAAUUGGGGCUUAUCUUUCGGCUAAAGUUUUCAAGAUUUUGAAUACCCAGGAUAUACGGCCUGUUUGGGCCAUAGCAGGACUUGCAGUUGCAAUAAUAUUUACAUGGAGGCUUUUCAGGACACCCGUUGUACCUCAAAGAAGACAACCUAAGCGUCAACCGCAUGCACCUAGCAGUUCUGGGGUCAAUAGUAGUCAAUCUGAUUCAAAUUUGUUUCCGUCUGGUGUUACUUCGCCUUCUGAAGAUUCAAGAGCACAAACUGUUAUUGAUGAGUUUUUUCAGCCUGUAAAGCCUACUUUAGGACAAAUAGUCAGACAAAGAUUAAGCGAUGGAAGAAAGGUGACUUGCCGCUUGCUUGGAGUUAUACUUGAAGAAAAUACCCCAGAGGAGCUUCAGAAGAAACAAGCAACAGUGAGAUCCUCUGUUUUGGAUGUUCUGCUGGAGAUCACAAAGUUCUGUGACCUUUAUCUCAUGGAAACAGUCCUGGACGAUGAAAGCGAAAAAAAUGUUAUAAUGGCUUUGGAAAAUGCUGGGAUAUUUACAUCUGGCGGCUUGGUCAAAGACAAGGUACUUUUUUGUAGCACAGAGAUUGGGCGGACAUCUUUUGUUCGCCAGCUGGAGCCCGAUUGGCAUGUAGACUCAAGUCGAGAAAUCAUUACUCAGUUGUCGAGGUUCAUCAAGUAUCAGCUUUACAUCUCAACUACAAAAAACGAGCGAAUCGCGUCUAAUGUUUUCAGUUCUUCAUCCUUGGAACAGUUUUUCAAUGUUUGACUUUCUGGAAGCGGUCAACUGUGUCGAAUGUUUUUCAGUUUUUGGAGGAGUUAGUACCUUAUGAUGUCAUGAUCAUAACUUUAGGGCAUGUGAUGCUUGAUUUUGUGCAAUGUAUUUUCGUCAAAUUACCAUGUUUCUAGGGUUUCAUGUUUGUGGUCUGUGCAGUUUAUGUUACAGUCAAAGAUAAAAGAACUUGGUUGAUGCCAGACUCUGUUGCCAUUUUAGAUGUUUAUAAGAACUUGUAGCCAUUCAUCUUUA